AAAAAAAAAAAAAAACUCCACCUUUCUCAAACGAAGACACACACUCGAACGCUUCACUGUUGAUCCUCAAAUUUAUUCCGCAAUCUUGAAUUUUCCCAAGAAAAUCAAAUCCCUAGCUCUCAAGAUUCAGAAAAUUCCCUUCGAUCUUGGUCCCGAAAUGGAUGAUUCGGUGUUGAACAAGGAUAAAGCUGUGAGACGGCUCAGCAUAAUCGACUUCUCGUCUGAGGAUGAUUCUCUCUUAGGUUUGCCUCCGGGAUCUCCCCUUGACGACUCGUCUUCUGUUGGCCAAGAGCAGCGAACUGUGGAGCUUUUUGAGUCUAUUAAUGAUAACAAAUCAGAGGAACUUUUUGAGCCUGUAGAUGCUAACAAAUUAGGGGACUUUGAUGAUAUUCUCGAAAAUAAAGAACUAGUGCCUCAACCUUCUGAAAGCUUGGAACCAGAGCGGAACAUUAGAAAAAAUGGCAAGUAUAACCUGCGCAAAAGUUUGGCCUGGGACAGUGCCUUUUUCACAUGUGAAGGUGUUUUGGAUUCUGAGGAGCUGUCAAGCAUGAUUGCAGUUGACAAGGGACAAAAACAGAUGUUACCUGGAAUUGAGGAGGAAGUUCAUAGAUCCACCGAUUCAAUUUCCACAUUAGAAAGUGAUACUUUAACCCUAGAAAGUGUUGAAGCUAAUUUGUUUGAAGACAUAAGAGCGUCCAUUCAGAAAUCAAGUAAAGCAAUUAAUAUGUCAGAUGAAAGUAGUAGAGUAGGCUCAGGAGUGAGGGAAACCAAAGUUGGCAGCGCUUCAAAAAGGGUCGAUUCAGCUUCUCAACACAAGAUGAAGCCCAAAGUUGCUUCCAAGAAGCCAAAUUCCGGCAUGCAAAAUCCAGGCAAAUUAGCGAGGCCAGUUUCUGCUUGUCCACAGCUCUCACAGUCUGUUGCUGCAAGUGGGGAGUCAAAUUUAUCUCUCGUGAAGCGGCCAAAGUUACUAGAAAAGCAGAUCCCCAGCUCAACGAUAGUGGCCAAAAGAGCUUCUUUGGUGGGUGGUAAUGCACUGAAAAUGGCAAAGGAUAAUGUGAAGUUUGCAGCUGGUAGAGGGGCUCCUGUGUCAAAAUUACCAGGUAGUUUACGAAAUGUUCCUAGGCCCAAUAUGUCAUCCAAAAGUUCCUCUAUGGCUUCUUCAACUGCAACCACAACAGGAGCAACCUCAUCGUUUGAUAGUUCUGAGAGUACUUCAUCUGUCAAGUUUGGUAAAUCUUCUAACAAUUCCAUAAAAAGAAAAACUGAUGCUAAGAUUGGUAAUCCGAAUUCUUCUGGGUCAAAUCCUAAAACACCAUCGGGAGUUGCAUCACGGAAUAAAACUCCGUCUGGAAAAUCCCAUCUCUCUGCUCAAUUGAUGCCUUUGACCAAACUUUCUUCCAGUGUAUCACCUGCUAGCCCCGUCAGUGACUGGUCCUCAGAGUCAGUUUCAUCAAUUUCUAGUUCACAACAAAUUUCUUGCAGUUCAAGGGACAGCCUGAACAAAAUCUCCUGCAAGAGGGCCUCCAUGGAUUUUGAUGCAGCUCAAUCUGUGGAUUAUCAAAGCCACACCGAUGAUCAGAGCUCAGUUGGAUCUGCUGCUGAAGUGAGUGGGUUGCCUGGUCAAUGUGCAUUGAAAGCUUCAACAGGGAUGGCUGCACCUCCUCCAACUUCAAAACCUUCAGGCCUUCGAUUGCCAUCUCCAAAAAUUGGUUUUUUUGAUGGGGUGAAAUCGGCACAACGCACUCCCAAGAGGGGUGUACCAAGUAAUUUACCUAAAAUUGCUGCAGCAAGUGCAAGUCCACGUGGGAGUACUGUCAAGGCAAAAGUUGGGAAGGUUAAUCCUGAAAGAGCUGUGACAGUUGCUAAGCCUGAUGCUCAGCGAACGUCCUCGAAUAUGAAACCUAAAAUUUCUGGUCUACCAGAAGCAUCAAAAGCUGCAGCAGUGAUUAGUACUGUUUUAAGGAAUGUUGAAAGCCGUCAGGCUAUAUCUCCAAAAGGGAAAAUCGACACGUCCUCGAAUAUGAAACCUAAAAUUUCUGGUCUACCAGAAGCAUCAAAAACUGCAGCAGUGAUUAGUACUGUUUUAAGGAACGUUGAAAGCUGUCAGGCUAUAUCUCCAAAAGGGAAAAUCGACACGUCCUCGAAUAUGAAACCUAAAAUUUCUGGUCUACCAGAAGCAUCAAAAGCUGCAGCAGUGAUUAGUACUGUUUUAAGGAACGUUGAAAGCUGUCAGGCUAUAUCUCCAAAAGGGAAAAUCGACACGCCACUUGAAAUUGGUCAAGAAAAUUACUUGAAAGCUGAGGAAGUUGGAAGUGGUGGAGAUAACAUUGGCUCGCAGGACAAAGAUACUGGUCUUGUAGAAAAUAGCGGAACCAUUGAUGUUUCAAAGGCUGAAGUAGUCCCAGAAAACAAGUGUAGUGCUCAGGAGGACGUAAAGAUCACACCUACUAUUAGUGAAGGGCAUACUGCUAUUAGUAAUUUAAGUUCCAUUUCUAAUGCUGAAGAUCUGACCCUUACCCAACAAACGGUCGAAGAUGCAAGCCAUGGAGAUGUUGAGUUCAACAAUGAUUUAAAUUCCUUCAAGAAGAGCAAUGAGAGAGAAAAAUCCCAUUCUGAAGAAGACCCAGUUGCUUGCUUGAUCAGACAAGUUGAAGCAAUGGAAAUCAAGGGGACUGAGGAAAUGGUCAUUGAUGAUUCUCUCUCUUUUCACCAGAAGUUGAGCAGUGAAGAUAACAAUGUUGGUAAUCUUUCUGUUUCUCCAACCACCUAUGAAAAUACCUCUAGCAAAAGGAUACCAUUUUCUGUUAAGGAUUCCUUGUGCAAUAUCGGAGGGUCGUUCGAACUUUCAAAAGGGUCCCGCGUGCCCGAGGCAGCAGAGAAACAUAGCCAACUUUCUUCCUUCUUGGAAGAGCAAACUGACUCAGAACAGUUGAGAUAAUUUGGCCAUGGAAUGGCUAAAGUUAUGGGAAUUCAAAGGUUGAAGACUACUUCCGUAAAGCUUUCUGGAAAUUUUGUUCUUUAUUUCCCCAUUAUGUAAUUUUUAUAUGGUACACAGUUUACUUAAAUGCCUCAAGUCAGAAUCGACUCUGACUAAAACAUGUCUUGUUAGCCUGUAAAAGAUAAUCCAUUUAUAAUCGUCUGCGAUGUAAAUUGGUCUUCUUUUGCACGAAUUACUGGACUUCGACAAAGGACGAAAUUGAAUGCUUUUGAAGGAAGAAAUAAUUCUAUUGGUUAAUUUAUAAUU